AUGAUCGAGCGGCUCGUGGUGGUGUCCAACCGGCUGCCGGUAACGAUCAAGAAAGACGGGUCGGUGCCUGGUGGCUACAUUUUCAAGCAGUCAGCAGGCGGACUUGUGUCUGCGCUGCGUGGCACGAAAAAGCUCAUGAGCUUUACGUGGAUCGGGUGGCCGGGCGUGAGUGUGCCUGAAAGCAGCAUCCCCUACAUUGAGGCAACGCUCGAAAAGAACUAUCAGUGCAAGCCCGUAUGGCUUCCCGAAGACGUGGGGGAGCGCCACUACAACGGAUUUUCGAACUCGAUCUUAUGGCCGCUCUUUCACUAUCAUGCGGGUGAAAUGAACUUUGACGAGGAGAAUUGGCGAGCCUAUCGCGAGGCGAAUUGGCUGUUUGCCCAUGCAGUACGCAGUGUGCUGCGUCCAGGAGACUGCGUUUGGGUACAAGACUAUCAUCUUAUGCUUCUCCCGCUCAUGCUAACCACGAUCUUGGAGCAUGGCGAUAUCGAACGGCUCGUCCCGAAAGAGUGCUCCGAUAUGGAUGUGACCAACUCACUGGGACUGGUUACGCAGGCUACUAGUGAUGCAUUUGAUCCUUCUCGGGCAUCCCACGCGCAGCUGCGGCGCAAAGAUAUUCAGCUGGGCUUUUUCCUGCAUACGCCCUUUCCCAGCAGCGAAGUGUACCGUAUCCUUCCCGUCCGUCGAGAAAUCCUGCUUGGUAUCUUGUACUCGGACUUGAUUGGAUUCCAUACGUACGACUACGUGCGACACUUUUUAUCCUCGUGUGCGCGUAUCCUGGGCAUACCCACGUACCCGAAUGGUGCUGACUUUGGUGGUCGCCGUAUUCAGGUCCGCACGUAUCCUAUCGGUAUUGAUCCCCAUCAAUUCGAGACGGCGCUGCAGCAGCCUAUGGUCAGAGAGCGCAUUGGCACACUGUCUCGCCGAUUUGAAGGUGUCAAGAUCAUUGUGGGGAUUGAUCGACUCGACUAUAUCAAAGGCAUGCCUCAGAAGCUCCAGGGCAUCGAAACGUUCCUGGAAGAGCAUCCAGAAUGGAUCGGGAAAGUGGUGCUGAUUCAGAUCGCUGUACCGUCUCGACAGGAUGUGGAAGAGUACCAGAACUUGCGUGCGACGGUGAACGAGGCUGUCGGUCGCAUUAACGGCCGAUUUGGCACGGUCGAAAGUAUGCCGAUUCAUCUUUUGCACCGUUCCGUCGAAUUCAACGAGCUCUGCGCGUUGUACGCCGUCAGCGAUGUGUGCCUCAUCACCAGCACUCGCGAUGGUAUGAAUCUCGUGUCGUACGAAUAUGUCGCGUGUCAACAGGAACGCAAUGGCGUCAUGAUCCUGUCUGAAUUUGCUGGCGCUGCUCAAUCUUUGAACGGCUCUUUGAUCGUGAAUCCCUGGGACCGAUUCGCUGUGGCUGAUGCUAUUCACACAGCGCUUACGAUGGAUCCCGAGACGCGCAAGGCUAAUUCGGAAAAGCUAACAAGCUAUGUCGAAAAACACACAGCCGCCUGGUGGGGCCGCAGCUUUAUCGAUGACCUCGAGCUCGCUGGCAAUGCCGCGCCCGCCACCGCUUUUAAGCAUGCAUAG